AUGAUUGGUAAUCGUUUUGUCAGGUCAGUUAGCUCGAGGAACGUCAGGUUUUUAUCCAGUACCUCUCUCAGAUUGGGAGUAUGGACCGAGUUUAAAAAUAGGCCAUCGAGUUUGAAAUUAAUUGAUAGCGAGACGUAUGAAGACAUAUUCAAAGGCAUUAACCCAGAAAAGGGACCAGCUUCUAUUGCCAAACCAGAAGAACUGAGAGCAUAUCACUCCCCGCUCCAUAUCGAUGACACUUUUAAGUUGGCUUAUAAUGUGUUGGAGGCCGAAAGUGAAGAUUACUACAAGCAAGUUGAAUCUUUGAGGGAAAGACUCAGCAAUAUCCAGGAUCAAAAAGAAAUUGACCAGAUAAAUAAUCACAUCGAUAAGUUAUUGAUCAAAGCUGAACGUCAGAAUCCAGAAGUGAUGUAUAAUAUCGAAUAUUUCCCUGAGAAAAUUGACAAAAAUCAACCAGUUUAUAGAGAAUUCUUGAAAAAUAAAUGGGAGUCGCAUGAUUUGAUGGUUACAAUGCAAAGAUUAGAACAACUAAGCGUGAUUCCUGAUACAUUGCCUACUCUUGUUCCAAAAGCCGAGGUAAAUGUUAAAUUCUCUCACAAUGUUGAUCCUUCUUUUGCAGACUGGGUUACCCCAGGUGAGAUAUUACCUACUUUUGCUGUCUCUCAACCACCAACUAUAAAGAUUCAAGAAUUCGACAGAAUUGACGGUGAACAAUUGUAUUCUGUUAUAGUCAUAAACCCAGACACUCCGGAUUUAACUACUAACUCAUUCAAAACUACCUUGCAAUAUGGUUUAUGCAAUGUUCCGUUAAAUAAUGUCGAUAAUAUUAUUAACCCUGCUAAAUUAUUAGCGAAUGGUGAUGAGUACACUUUCAAAGAAUAUGAACCUUUGUUACCGGAAAAAAAUGCACAAAUUCAAAGAGCUUGUCUCUGGGUAUUCAGACAAUCAGGACCAUUAUCUUUGAAUAACGUUUCUUCUGAAAAGUUUGAUGUUAGAGAAUUUACUUCUGAAAAUAAUUUGACUGCCGUUGGUGCCCACGUUUGGAGACAACAUUUUGACAGAAGUGUCAAUGAUUUAAGAUCCAAAUUUGGAUUGGACAAAGGAAGAGUAUUCCACAGAGUUCGUAGACCACAUCCACUUGUCGGACUUUCCAAUUAA